CACUCCAUACACAUCCAAUCUAUAGCUAUAUUUUAUUUUCCUCUCUUUCUUCUUCUUCUUCUUCUUCUUCCGUUCACUGUCACUGUUUCUCCCAUUUCACAGAUCACAAACACCAACAACUAUUUCUUCUUCUACUUCUAAAACUUCUCUUCUCUUCUCUCAAUCAUUCUACAUUACACCUUUCUCAUUCUCUCUCAAAUCAAAUUCUUCUUCGUUUUUCAUCUUGAAUCUCAUUUUCAUACCAUUGUUUAUUUAUUUAUUAAUCCGUUUCAAUUCAUAACCACAGAGGUAUUCUUCUUUUUCCGUUUCGUUUUCUUCUCAAUAUGUAUGAUAGACGGAGAUUUUCGUGCGUUCUAAACCUGAUCGGAAAUUCACCGGCGAUUUAAUGGAAUUGACUCCGUCGGUGUUUUACUUUUCAUCUUUUCAUGGAGCUAAUUAUUCGGAGAACUUCAUCUUUCAAUUCGAAGAUUAGAUUCAUUCUACUUGUUUUUCAGAUCAUAUUGAUAUUGGCAUUGGUGGAAGCCCACAAUGCACAUCCCCAUGAAGACCAACUUCAAUGGGGAGGUUUGGAAAGGAAUACAAACAACAUUGUCUCACACUCUUGCAUACAUGACCAGAUUCUUGAACAGAGAAAGCGACCUGGUCGCAAGAUUUAUUCGGUUACCCCACAGGUUUACGAGCCUGGUCGACUGAAGCCCCUUCAGAAUAAAGGUAGGACAAUUCUUGAAGUGUCAACAUCAUCAGAGUCUCAGAAUGAUGUGAAGGAACCUAUUAGGAUAUAUCUAAAUUAUGAUGCUGUUGGCCACUCCCCUGACAGAGAUUGUCGAAAAGUCGGUGCUGUUGUUAAACUUGGAGAGCCUCCCACAACUUCUCUUCCUGGUUCCCCUUUUUGCAAUCCUCACGGUAACCCUCCAAUUGUUGGCGAUUGUUGGUACAACUGCACUUCUGAAGAUAUCUCAGGUGAAGACAAAAAGCGCCGCCUUCGUAAGGCAUUAGGUCAGACUGCUGACUGGUUUAGGAGAGCAUUGGCUGUUGAGCCUGUCAAGGGGAACUUGCGGUUAAGUGGAUAUUCUGCAUGUGGACAAGAUGGAGGCGUGCAGCUUCCUCGUGGAUAUAUCGAGGAAGGUGUCCCUGAUGCCGACUUGGUUCUUUUGGUAACUACAAGACCUACAACUGGAAAUACACUUGCUUGGGCAGUGGCAUGUGAACGGGAUCAAUGGGGCCGUGCUAUAGCUGGACAUGUGAAUGUUGCUCCUCGCCAUUUGACUGCUGAGGCAGAGACUUUGCUUUCAGCUACUCUAAUACACGAGGUUAUGCAUGUUCUUGGUUUUGACCCACAUGCCUUUGCUCAUUUUAGAGAUGAAAGAAAAAGACGGCGUGAUCAGGUUACAGAACAAGUAAUGGAUGAAAAGCUUGGACGGAUGGUCAAUCGAGUGGUGCUUCCCCGUGUUGUCAUGCAUUCACGAUAUCAUUAUGCGGCAUACUCUGGAAAUUUUACUGGCUUAGAACUGGAAGACGGGGGAGGACGCGGCACAUCAGGGUCUCAUUGGGAGAAAAGGCUUCUGAUGAAUGAGAUUAUGACCGGUUCCGUGGAUACAAGAUCUGUAGUUUCAAAAAUGACGUUGGCUCUCUUAGAAGACAGUGGAUGGUACAAAGCCAAUUAUAGCAUGGCAGACCGUCUUGAUUGGGGUCGCAACCAAGGUACUGAAUUUGUUACCUCCCCUUGCAAUCUUUGGAAGGGAGCUUAUCAUUGCAACACAACACAAUAUUCUGGCUGUACAUAUAACAGAGAGGCAGAGGGAUACUGCCCAAUCCUAACAUAUAGUGGAGACCUACCUCAGUGGGCACAAUAUUUUCCACAAGCUAAUAAAGGUGGACAAUCCUCAUUAGCUGAUUAUUGCACCUAUUUUGUUGCGUACUCUGAUGGAUCAUGUACAGACACUAAUAGUGCACGAGCACCUGAUAGAAUGCUUGGUGAAGUCAGAGGAAGUAACUCUAGGUGUAUGGCCUCAUCAUUAGUGCGCACAGGAUUUGUACGUGGUUCUAUGACCCAGGGCAAUGGUUGUUAUCAGCACAGAUGUAUAAACAGUUCUUUAGAGGUUGCUGUGGAUGGUAUCUGGAAAGUGUGUCCUCAUGCUGGUGGAGCUAUUCUGUUCCCUGGCUUUAAUGGUGAAUUAAUCUGCCCUGCAUAUCCAGAGCUCUGUAACUCUGACCCAGUAUCUGUGUCCGGUCAAUGCCCCAAUUCAUGUAAUUUCAAUGGAGAUUGUGUCGAUGGAAGAUGCCGCUGCUUUCUUGGAUUUCAUGGACAUGAUUGCAGUAGACGUUCUUGCCCCGGCAAUUGCAAUGGUAAUGGCAUGUGCCUUUCCAAUGGGAUCUGUGAAUGUAAAACUGGCUACACCGGCAUCGACUGUUCCACUGCUGUGUGUGAUGAGCAAUGCAGCCUUCAUGGUGGGGUUUGUGAUAAUGGAGUUUGUGAAUUCCGUUGUUCUGACUAUGCCGGAUACACAUGCCAGAACAGCUCCAUGCUCCUAUCUAGUCUCUCAGUUUGCAAAAAUGUACUGGUAAAUGAUGUAUCUGGUCAGCAUUGUGCACCCAGCGAGCCUAGCAUACUGCAGCAGUUGGAAGAAGUAGUUGUUAUGCCAAAUUACCACCGAUUAUUCCCUGGGGGUGCUAGGAAGUUGUUUAAUAUAUUUGGCAGCACCUACUGUGAUGAGGCUGCUAAACGGCUUGCCUGCUGGAUCUCAAUCCAGAAGUGUGACAAGGAUGGAGACAACAGACUUCGGGUAUGCCAUUCCGCAUGCCAAUCUUAUAAUAUAGCAUGUGGAGCUUCACUUGAGUGCUCUGACCAAACCCUCUUUAGCAGUGAGGGCGAGGGGGAGGGUCAGUGCACCGGAUUUGGGGAGAUGAAAUUGUCAUGGUUUAGUCGCCUGCGAAAUGGUUUUUCUUUGAGAAAUAAUAGUUCUUUAAAAGGAAUGUCUGUAAGAUAUAGGAAGCUUUAACCUUCCACCCCUUCUUUUAGCGAUUUUGGACUGUAAUUUAAGUCCUUAGAUUUAGGAGGUUGCUUUCUCAUCCAAAAUUGUUUAGGAAAAAUUGGAUGAGAUUGCAGAUUUGGUUUUCCAAGAGGAGAGCCUUUUGUAGAGAAAAUUGAAAUUUAGGGAAAUAGAAAGUAGAGGGGAAAGAAGAAAAUUGAGAAGAAGAAAAAAAAAAAGGAAAAAGAAAAGAAGUUCAUAUGAUACGAUUGUCGCUUUGGCCGAAGGCCUUGUAAGUUGUAAGGUUAAAAAAGAAAAGUUCUGCUUCAUUCUUUUCUCCAUA